UUGCAGGAAAACAAAGAUACAUUUACAGUAAACCCGGAAAAUGCCUAUGGCAAUAAUAUUUCACCACUAGAUGUAACUGUGAAACAAAAUGGAGCGACGUUGUUAGUUAGCAUUGGUACUAACAGCAGAUUCGUGCCACCGGUAGAUCUUCCGAAAAAUCCUGGAGUAUCGGAUUCAAAAGAGCCGUUGACGCUCUCUUCUUCCGUUAUUGGAAAGUCCAACGUCUUUGCCUUCCAGGUUGUGCGGAAGUCAACUGGAACAAAGCUCUGGGACACUUCUAUAGGAGGAAUGCAAUUUGCGGACAAGUUUAUACAAAUAGCUACUUAUCUACCGUCUCGCAAUCUAUUCGGCUUUGGCCAGCAUAUUCACCAUCGCUUAAAGGUUAAAAACUUGACUAUUUAG